AUGUCAUUGCAACAAGAUAUGAAUGCUCUGCUGCACACUAUGCAUACGCAGAAUGCAAUGUUAACUUUGCAACUCGCCGAGCUGCAGAACAACCCCCCUGCGGCAACCCCCUCGGUUGAGAAGAAGUUCAACAAGAAAGUAGAAGUCGUCGCUGACCCUGGCGCCUUCGAAGGAGACAGAGCAAAUUGGGACGCAUUUGCCGACGACUUUGAGGUAGCCACUGCAGUGCGAUCUCGACUAAAAGGAUCUGUGGCGGGUCGAUACGCCCAAGUUAGACUGCAGGAAUGCUACACCGCGGGAGUGUGGCCAACCUGGGAAGAUCUCAAGAAGGAGAUCGGAAAAUACUUCAAAGUGCAGGCUGAGCGUGACUGGGCGCGUCAGCAAAUCCGUUCCUUCAAACAAAGAAACAUGAGGAUGGAUGACUAUGUUACCCGGUUCGUGGCCCUCUCCAUCCAAGGAGGGCUUGGUAAUGAACAUGCAGUAGAACUGCUGGAGCGCAAUGUGAACUCUCGCAUUGCAGAACAGAUCUACUUGCAGGAUACAAGAAAUGAGAACUUGUGUAACAACCAAGAGUUAGUUACUCUGGCGCACACAGGAACACACUAUAAAGGUAGUGGAAGAUGGGGAGUGGGUACCCCUUGGGCUGCAGUGAGUUAG